GCGCAUCAUCGGUUCCACGCUCCUUCUCAUCGAUGCGCUCGGAAGCAACUUCUUCAGCCUAAUCACCGCCGGCGUAGACGCUACCACGGCCGUCGCCGGCGCCAUUUUGACUGCAGGAUCAGUCAGGUUCUGGGACAGCUGGCGGCCGUGGUGGUGACUGGUACGGAUGGUUUCCGCCCGCGUUAGCCCCUCCGGCUUCGCCCUCGGAUUAACUUUACGAAAGGAAAUCUGUUUUGCGACAGUCCUCUGCGCUAGAAAUGGCUAAUGUGCUUUGUAACAGAGCCAGACUGGUUUCCUAUCUCCCAGGGUUUUGCUCUUUAGUUAAAAGGGUUGUCAAUCCCAAAGCCUUUUCAACUGCAGGAUCAUCAGGAUCUGAUGAGUCUCAUGUGGCCACUGCACCUCCAGAUAUAUGCUCUCGAACAGUGUGGCCUGAUGAAACUAUGGGACCAUUUGGACCUCAGGAUCAGAGAUUCCAGCUUCCAGGAAACAUGGGUUUUGAUUGUCACCUCAAUGGGACUGCUUCACAGAAGAAAAGCCUGAUUCAUAAGACUUUGCCUGAUGUUCUAGCAGAACCUUUAUCAAGUGAAAGACAUGAGUUUGUUAUGGCACAAUAUGUGAAUGAAUUUCAGGGUAAUGAUGCACCUGUUGAACAAGAAAUUAACAGUGCAGAAACUUACUUUGAAAGUGCCAGAGUAGAGUGUGCAAUCCAAAUAUGUCCAGAAUUGCUGCGAAGAGAUUUCGAAUCACUAUUUCCAGAAGUAACUAAUAGCAAACUAAUGAUUCUGACUGUAACACAGAAAACUAAGAAUGAUAUGACUGUUUGGAGUGAAGACGUAGAAAUUGAAAGAGAAAUGCUCUUAGAAAAGUUCAUCAGUGGUGCUAAGGAAAUUUGCUAUGCUCUUCGAGCUGAAGGAUAUUGGGCAGACUUUAUUGACCCAUCAUCUGGUUUGGCAUUUUUUGGACCAUAUACAAACAACACUCUCUUUGAAACAGAUGAACGCUACCGACAUCUAGGAUUCUCUGUUGAUGAUCUUGGAUGCUGUAAAGUGAUUCGUCAUAGUCUCUGGGGUACCCAUGUGUUUGUAGGAAGCAUCUUCACUAAUGCAACACCAGACAGCCAUAUUAUGAAGAAAUUAAGUGGAAACUAGCAGUAAUGUCAGUUUAUUUGCUGUACUAUUUGUAUGUAACAUUUGGGUUGAUCUAUAAACACUGUCAAAGACUUCAAUUUUUAAAAGAUACUUAUUACUAAGUAUUUAUUUCAACCUGUACGAAUUUACAACAUUCUCAAGUGAUUUGUGAUUUUUAAAUUGCAAAUGCUCAUUAUUUCUAAUAUCUUUGAAUACAUGUUGAGCACAUCCACAUUAUAUAGAAUGUGGUAAUUGGCAUGUAACCAGGGUAUGAUCUCUUAUUGUUCUUUCUCCCCUUUAUUGGAAAACACCUCAGUUUUAAUUGUUUUUCUCCAAAAAUAAAUAUCACAUUUGGUUA